AUGGGGCAAACGGCAACUGAAGCGGAUGAGGUCCAUCCCGUAGAGCUUUCAGUUUAUUCGAUAAUGUCAUCAGAACUUGACGAGUUAUACCAGUCAAUUGAUGAUCUGAGACAGUCGCAGGCGUUAUUGGUAUUAACUUUGCGGAAAUUACGCGAUUCGUUAAGAUCUGAACAUUCCAUAUUGCAAGAUAAAACGGAAAUGAUCCAACCCUUAAACCAAAUGAAAGAACUUGAUGAACGCUUGGCAAAGAUUAGAAAGAGAUUUGACUUAAUGUUGAGUAGAAAUAAUGUACUAGCUAAAUCAGAAGAGUAA